AUGGGGAGCUCACAGCAAGCUGGGUGGUGCAAGAAACCUACAUCACUCACAAACACAAGAGCUACUUCGAAAGUUGCCAGGAAGACCAUGUGCACUGUUGUUCUGCUCACCAUCACUGCGGUCACAGGAGCUGUAGAGUUCAAGAGAGUUUCAGUGACCAUAGGCAAGAGCCUUGUGCUUCUCUGUGCACAUAGAUCGAAAAUAACCAGGGUAACAUGGAAAAUAAGCCCCAAGGUUGGAGGCCCCUGCACCUUGGGGUACAGAGCUGAUCACAACAAGACAGACAGAACCAACUGCAGUGACAGCAUGAACUGGAGAUCCAGACCAGACUGGGAUCCUGCCCUUGAGAUACAGCAAGUGGGUAUUGCCCACGAGGGAAAUUACACCUGUGAACUAGUAACAGUAGAUGGGAAUUUCCCCACAACCUACCUCCUGAGUGUGCUGGUCCCCCCCAGGCUGAGCCUGUACUGUGAUGGCCACGGGAGCCACGUGUGCGAGGCAGCAGCAGGGAAGCCGCCUGCCUGGGUCUGGUGGGUCCCAGGGGGCAACUCCACCCCCAAGGAAGAAAGCCAUGGCGAUGGGACAGUGACUGUUCUCAGCAAGUUCACGGCCCACAACACCAGCAUGACUAAUGCAACCUGUGUUGUGUUCCACCCAGCAGGGAACCAGAGCAAGUCCCUAACCUGUCAUCCCUCAGGUUGUGACAGGAAGACUGAAAGGCAGCUUACAGCUUCCAAAGACUGGAUGUUAGAUGAAGGCUUUAGGUGGAAGCCAUCAGAAGUGGAAAGCUGCUGUAUAGAGUCCUACACAGCACUGAAGCUGCAGAAGGAGAAGUGGCUAAUGCCCUACGGAAGUGGCUACAGCAGUGGAAGACCAGUUAGCAGCACAGAGAUAAACCCAUCUGGGCUGCUCUACUGUGGCAAGACAUCACUGCCCAGCUGUGCUACUGAGGAACAUCAAAACAAUGAAAAGGUAGACAAGGCUGUCAAAAUUGAAGUAGCUCAGGUGGACCUGGACUGGGAGUCUUUCAACGACAUCUCAGGCCUUUUAUCUACUUCUGGGCCACAGAACUGUGCUGGGGAAGUGCUGUAG